UCACAGAGUAGCUUGAACCCGGAGAAAGGCAUUGGUGUUGCAUCAUUAAGUGUUGUCUACGGAUGUCUUAUAUGUUCUUCUCUGCUUCUCCCACGUAUUCUUAUAAAGAAAAUUGGUUGCAAGUGGACAAUUGUGGCUUCCAUGUGCUGUUACAUCACAUACUCAGUGGGAAAUUUUAAACCUAACUGGUAUAGUUUGAUUAUUACUUCUGCAAUUCUGGGAUUUGGAGGUGGACCACUCUGGGCUGCAAAAUGUACAUAUAUCACAUCCAGUGGAAUUAAGUAUGCUGAGAAGAAAGGAAAAGACAAAAUGAAUGUUGUAAACCACUACUUUGGUGUCUUCUUUCUUAUAUACCAAUCAUCAGGAGUUUGGGGAAAUCUCAUCUCUUCAUUGGUACUUCAGGAAAGUCCUACGAAAGAUAUCUUUGGAAAUGAGAGUUACUCUCACUGUGGUGCUAAAAAUUGCCCAGAUUUUACUACAAGUUCCAAUAAUACUAAUACAUCUACCUCUGUCUCCAGUGUAUCAGACAACGUUCGUUAUACAUUAAUGGGGAUUUAUACUGGUUGUGGAGUACUAGCAGUGAUUAUUGUUGCUACAUUUUUAGAUCAGAUCGAUAUUAACGAGGAACAAAAAAAUGAAGGAGAUGUGAAAAUAUCUGUUUGGAAGUCACUGCUAGCUACGUUUAAUCAGCUUAGGGACAUACGGCAGUGUCUCCUUAUACCACUGACAAUGUUUAGUGGCUUUCAGCAAGGAUUUCUUUCAAGUGACUACACUAAGGCAUAUGUAACAUGUACUUUGGGGAUUCAUUUUGUAGGAUAUGUAAUGAUUUGCUUUGGAGCAGCAAACUCAAUUUGCUCUAUACUUUUUGGAAAAAUUUCCCAAUAUACUGGAAGAAUAGCACUUUUUAUGUUCGCUGCACUUACAAGUGCUUCCUGCAUAAUUGCCCUUUUGCUCUGGCGUCCACACCCAAGUCAAUUUGCUGUGUUUUUCAUAUUUCCUGCUUUAUGGAGUAUGUCAGAUGCUAUUUGUCAGACACUCUUGAAUGAACCCCUCUUACAGACAAUCCGACAGAACAAAGCCAUCACCGGCAUCAAGCUUCGGGGCAAAGAAUACAAAGUAGCAGCCUAA